AUGUGGCAGGGUGGGCCGGGUCCCACCAGGCAGAUGGAGAGGGAACGAGAUCUGCACAGUGAGGAGGCAGUCACUGCCGGGAGCGAGGAGGUGGGUGCAGCACGUCCAGGUGAAAGUCUCGGUGUGUGCGAAGUCCUGGCAGCGAGAAGGCAUCUCGGCAUCGGGCUGUGCCGGGACCGAGGCCCCGGCUCUCUCCCUCCCACUCCGGGCGCAGAGCGCGAGCAGCUGCACGCUGAAGCAAGCGAGCGCUUCGCUGCCGGCUACAUCCAGUGCAUGCACGAGGUGCACACGUUCGUGUCCACGUGCCAGGCCAUCGACGCCACCGUCGCUGCAGAGCUCUUGAACCACCUUCUCGAAUCCAUGCCACUGCGGGAGGGCAGCAGCUUCCGGGAUCUGCUGGGGGAUGCCCUGGCCGGGCCGCCUGGAGCCCCCGGGCGAAAUAGCUGGCCCACGGGAGGGGCUCCGGGGUCCCCUCUGCCCAGCCCCCCAGGUCCUGGGGACGAUCUGUGCUCUGACCUGGAGGAGGCUCCUGAGGCCGAACUGAGUCGGGCGCCUGCUGAGGGGCCAGACUUGGUGCCGGCGGCCCUGGGCAGCCUGACUACGGCCCGAAUAGUUCAGAGUGUGUGGAGGCCUUGGUGACCAGUACCAGCCAGGGACCUACGGUGGUGGGCCCAGCCUUCCCAUGCUCUACUCCCUCCUCCCUGGGGUUCAGAUGUAGUGGGGUAGGGCUCUGGUGGUCUCCCAGGUCUGCUCUCACUCGUCCUUCAAUGGGUGGCUUGCAGGGCAGCCCCUGAUGAGCAGCCCAGUCAAGCCCCUAGCCCUGUCUCAAGUAACUUUUAUGGACCCUACUGCUCUGGGGUGGGUGGAGGGAGGGAGCUACAGGCAGGAGAAAGUGCUGUAGAGCUACCAGAGCUCUGCCAGGUUCUCCUUCCCAGCCUUGUCAGACUCUGUGAGUCACACAGAGGUGACUUGAGUGGUGCUGAGCUGCUUCUUGGUGCUGGGCACUAGUGUCCCAGGUAGGGUCACUCAGACCCUGGCCGCCCUGGUUUCAACAGAAGUUUGAAUGCGCUGCUUCAGCCAAGAGACUAGGGGGAGGCAGGUGCAUUUUGCUGUACUGCCGGGAGCUGCCGGAAAGAAGGGAGGAGGCUCUCUGUACAUCCUGGGUGUAGCACGCUUGAAUUUGUGUAUUCGGUUGCCA